AUGGCGCUUCUUCAGCGGCCUGAUGGUCUGCUCACCGUGGUGGAGAUGCGACUUCUGGAAGCGUGUGACAACUGCAAGGCCAUGGGGGAGCAGAUCGCCGAGUCCAUCCCUAAGAUACAGGAGAAGGGAGUCAACAGUGUUAAAGUUGGUGUUUCUCCUCCUGCGCGGAAGGACCUGGUCGUUGGCGCUCUCAAAGACUGCAAAUCGAUGUAUUCCGACUUUCGAAACGCUCUGCAACUCGUCCUGGCAGAAGGCCGCAUUGUGGAUCUAGAACGAAACCGCGAAUCGACAAAGUCAACAUUGAUGCUGACGAUGAUCUCAAACUUAUGGGAGCGUUCGACCCGAAUGCAAAGACCGCCCCCCGAGUCCUCGAGUACGACGACUUCUGAUACCGAAACACUUGGGCAACAACUUCAGUCGGACAGCGCACGCAAGAAAUUCGAGUCAUUGAUGCAUCCUGGUUCGGAACAUAUGCAACAUCAAGAUAGAGAAAUUCCCUCAUGGACGGAGCAACAGCUGAGCGACGUUGACUGUAUCGAAACUCUUCUGCAACAAUUAAACUUCGGAUCACUGGAGAACCGCCAUGAAGCCAUACCGGAGGCGUACGAGAAGACAUACAGCUGGAUUUUUGAGCAGCCCCAAACACCUGGAAGCAAUUCGGACCACCGUCUUUGGGGAGAUUUUUCGAACUGGCUCGAACACGAUUCAGAAGGCGUGUACUGGAUUACCGGUAAACCGGGGUCUGGAAAGUCCACACUGAUGAAAUUCAUCUUUGGCGAUGAACGGAUGAAUGCACACCUACGCAAGUGGUCUGGUCCGAAACCGUUUUAUACUGCCGCAUAUUUCUCCUGGAAUGCCGGCGAUGAGCUGCAGAAAUCUCAGGAAGGCUUGUUGCGCAGUCUUCUUUACCAGAUUAUUCGACAGGCCCCUCAAGUUGCCCUCAGGUUGCUACCUAAUCGAUGGGCCAUGCUCAAGCUGUUUGGCGUUAGCGCCGCACGCGAUUUCCCUGCAUGGAGCUAUAAAGAACUUCGGGACUGUAUGGCCUCGAUAAAACACCUUACAAAGGACUUCAACCUCACCAUUUUCAUCGACGGAUUGGACGAAUUUGAGGGAGAACAUGCUCAGCUUAUAGACCUCAUCAAGGAUCUCCAUCGUCAACCUGGCAUAAAAGUUUGCGUCAGCAGUCGGCCGUGGAAUGCGUUUCGUGACGCUUUCAGUGGUUGUCCCCAACUUCGCAUGGAACUUCUCACCAAGAAGGAUAUGGAAGCAUUCGUUCAGGGGAAAUUCGACACCAACAUAGCUAUUGCAGAACUCCGGCACGACCAACCUACAAUCACUGAUGGGCUGGUGACAGACAUUGUUCGAAAGUCUGAUGGUGUUUUUCUUUGGGUCUCGCUGGUCACCGACUCGGUUCUUGGCGGGAUUGUCGAUGGCGACACGUUGGCCGAUUCAUAUCAGCUACUCGACGAGCUUCCCAGUGAUCUCAGCGAUCUUUACGAUAAUCUCUGGUCUCGUGUUGAAUCUGAACACAAAGGAGAAAGGGCUCAAUUACUUUGUGUACUGGAUAAGUACUCUCACUCAGAGUCAGAGUAUUUCAGGCACGUGGAAUAUAGUGCUCCUUUUUUUGUUCAAGGUUUACAUCAGACGCUUCUCUGGUUUUCGGUAUUGGAAGCAAAAUCUCCGUUUUCCGCGGGAACCUUUGCAAGGCGACUGCACAGCCGUACGAAAGGACUUUUAGAAAUCAAGCCGUCAGGCUAUAUUGACUACUUGCACCGGACGGCACACGAUUGGAUUACAGCGAGAUGGGAGGAAAUCCAAUUUGAAGUCCCACCAGAUUUCGACGCACAUAUGGCGUUGGUGACAGGUUUAGCAAGCACUGUUCACUCGGCGAUAUAUGGAUUCUGCUGUGGCGACUCGUAUACUUGGAUACUUUUGGCUUUUUAUCACCUCUCCAUGGUUUCAGAGCAGCAUCGCAAUCGUUCAUUUGCAGAAAUUGACAGGCUGGCAGACGAGAUAAGGAACGCGGCCUUCAAGGAAGCAUCGGCUGGUAGUGACCAAUCUCGCUACCAAGGUUGUUGGGUUUCCUCCGACCGCCAGAGUUGCAAAACCUUUGGUUUUGUCACUAUGGCAGCCGCUCUCGGUGGCGCUGCUUUCCCAUAUGUUCAGGCCAAGAUAAUUGCUGAACCUGCUUACUACACCGUUGAAGGAAAUAAGGAAGAUCUUAUCUGGUCUUUCGUCCUUGGAGAAAAAUCGCCAAACAUUUGGUCAUGCAUAUCACAUAAAGUACUGGAUUUGACCGCGUACCAAUACUUUGAAACCAGACUCGACCUCGCUAAACUAUGGAUGCGAUGCGCCUUGAAAGGGACUAGGGAUCGCGCAGCGCUGUCUUCGAAGUUGGCCAACCCACAUGACGAACUGUUGGAAGCACCCUGCCAAAAAUAUGGAAAGAAGAAAUGCCAAGUAUGCUCAGGAGGCACGGCGUCGGCUCAUCGUUGGAAGGAAGACUGCGCCGACUCAGAUUUGUUGUUCCAGAUUGGUUCCGCAAAUAAGAAGACAGCGAGCCAGGUAUAUGUCUCAUGGUUAGUCCACAAAAUAGUCAAUCCCCUCUGUGAUCGCGCUAGACGCUGCUCCAAAAUGAUCCUGUCCAGCAUAUUCCCUCAGCUGCAAAUCCUUCAUCCUCUUGCUGCCUUCAACCCGAUAGAACAGCUCGCGAGUAUAAUCCGUCAUCUGGAAGCUCUGGAUUAUAGCCUUGCGCUCCUGGAACGCCUCCUCCGUCUCAGUCCUCCUCUGAACCGGGAACUGUUCCAGCGCGCCAUAUCCGAUGAAGAACUUCGGCUUCGUCUCUGUCUCCGGAGUCGAACCCGUGCCAGCAGUCCCAUUACCCAAUUUCGCCGUCACCUGAUUCAAGAUCGAGCCAUUUGUUCCAGUAUAUCGCCGGACUAA